CGGAGUGCCCGCCGCCCGCCGGACCGUCAGCCUGGUCGGUGGCUGCCCGGUUGUGGUUGGAAGUUUCCCCGCCGUUGGCCGAGAGAACUAGCCAGAAAUACACUCCCGGGAAAUGGCCUCUAAAUCUUGGCUGAAUUUUUUAACCUUCCUCUGUGGAUCAGCAAUAGGAUUUUUUUUGUGUUCUCAACUAUUCGGUAUUUUGUUGGGAGAAAGGGCUGACACGCAGCCUAAUAUGCUUCACAAUGACCCUCAUGCGAGGCAUUCAGAUGAUAAUGGACAUGGUCACCUUGAAGGACAGAUGAACUUCAAUGCAGAUUCUAGCCAACAUAAAGAUGAGAACACGGACAUUGCUGAGACCCUCUAUCAGAAAGUUAAAAUUCUUUGUUGGGUUAUGACAAGCCCUCAAAAUCUAGAGAAAAAGGCCAAACAUGUCAAAGCUACAUGGGCCCAGCGUUGUAAUAAAGUAUUAUUUAUGAGUUCAGAAGAAAAUGAAGACUUUCCUACUGUGGGAUUGAAAACCAAAGAAGGCAGAGAGCAGCUGUAUUGGAAAACAAUUAAAGCUUUUCAGUAUGUGCAUGACCAUUAUUUAGAAGACGCUGAUUGGUUUAUGAAAGCAGACGAUGACACAUAUGUCAUACUGGACAAUCUGAGAUGGCUUCUCUCAAAGUAUAACCCUGAACAACCCAUUUACUUUGGGAGAAGAUUUAAGCCGUAUGUGAAGCAAGGGUAUAUGAGUGGAGGAGCAGGAUACGUCCUAAGCAAAGAGGCAUUGAGAAGAUUUGUUGAUGCAUUUAAAACAGAAAAAUGUACACAUAGUUCCUCCAUCGAAGACUUAGCACUGGGAAGGUGCAUGGAAAUUAUAAACGUGGAAGCUGGAGACUCCAGAGAUACCACUGGGAAAGAAACCUUCCACCCAUUUGUACCAGAACACCACUUAAUCAAAGGUUAUCUCCCAAAAACAUUUUGGUACUGGAAUUACAACUAUUAUCCUCCCAUAGAGGGUCCUGGUUGCUGUUCUGAUAUUGCAAUUUCUUUUCACUAUGUUGAUUCUACAACUAUGUAUGAAUUAGAAUACCUCGUUUAUCAUCUUCGUCCAUAUGGUUAUUUAUAUAGAUAUCAACCUGCCUUACGUGAGAAUAUACUAAAAGAAAUUAGUCGAGCAAACAAAAAUGAAGAUACGAAAGUAAAAUUAGGGAACCCUUGAAAGCAGAACAUGAGAGAACUGAGGUUAAAUGGUGUACAUUGCACUGAAGAGCUCCUGCGUUCUGACAGAACCCUGAAAUCCCAGUGAGGAACUCAUCUGAAAGGAACAUUCCAUGUAGAAAUCUUUCAAAUGGAUGACUAUAAACUGAAGCAUUUAAAGAGCUGUGAAGUCUGCAAAAUGUUUUGAUACAGUAAUAUAUAAAUAUAAAUAAAUAUAUAUAAAGAAUUUGUGUUUUUAAAAUGGUGACAGACAGAAGAGCUUAGAAAGAUUCUGUCCCCUGUUGCUGACAGUGUGUAUUAUCACUAAAGCUGGAGUGGUUCAGUCCGUAACCAGCUACUGCACCCAGCCCGGACAGAACACAUGCUGAAUGGAUCUGCCUUAAAACCAGAAGACUCUUGCUCAGUGGUGUUCCUCAGCUCACAUGGAUAUGGUACAAACCAGCCUUCCGGUUCCCAAACGAGAAGUUUUCUGUAAUUAUAUUAUUUAUAAUUGGCAGUGUUUCCUCAAGAAGAAGCAGAGUAAGGAUGGCACUUGCCCUGAAGUGCGCUAAUAAACCACAUUUUCUGAUUAUUAUGGGCCUUGACUAUAUGAGUUAGUUCUACAUAUAAGCAGUCUUACACCAAGUCCCCAUUGUCUCUUGAAUAUCAUUUUCACUAUUAAUGCUUAUUUACCCAAUGCAGUGGCAGCAUUCUAUAAACCAUGCAUUUUAAAAUAUUUUGUUCCCAAAUUCAUUCUUUGUUAAUUGUAGGUAACAAAGUUAAUGCUGUUUGGACAAGCAUUUUUAGUAUUGGUACCACUCUCAGGAAUUAUUACUGACAUUGUAAAUUAUUUAGAAGUCUUUCCAACUACAUAAUUAUUGCUCCUUUUAUUUUCAUCCUGUGGAGAUAAGACUUGUUUGUGCCUUUCAUAACUUCUUUAAAGCACUUUUAAAAUUAAUUUUUAUACCUGAUAUGUCUGGUAACACUGGCAAAAUUGUUUGAAUGCAGGUUUGGUCAGAAUUAAAAACAAUAGCAAGUAAAGGACUCUUAAACAAGCUAAAAUGUCAUAUACUUUAUAAACAACCGAUUUCAUGCUUCUUCUUUGUGGAUAAUUGUCUUUCCAGCAGUAAUUCCAACACAGCAGAAUCCCAUUCAGACUGCCAUCAAAAGAGGUCUGUGUAUCACUCUAACUCCACAGUGUUGCUUAAAAACUUUAAUUUUUUUUUUUUUUUUGUCAUCAGCAAUACUAAGUAGAGCAGAAUAUUUUACAGGUUUUCCAUAAUUUUUUUUAAUUGUGAAUGAUUUACAUUUUGUAUCAUGCUACUUUUGCAUGAUAAUACAUGUGGACUCGGUUGCUUGGCUAAAUAAUGAAUAUAAAUAAUUUAUACUUAUUGUGCCAAAACGAUAGCCUCUGGAUGGUAUAUUUGAAAGGAUAUUGGCUAGUUAUGGAUCACUGUCCACAUGAAGAAAAUAUAAACCAACUUUAGAAAUUAAUUUGGUGUAGGUUCUCAUCUACCUAUAGCCUAGGCUUUCCAGACUGUUCUUUGAACAGCCCCUUACCAUGGUUUGGAUAUCACUUUGUCUGUGUUCCAUAUACUAGCAGAGUAAACAUCUUAUCAUAAUGAUCCAAAACGCUUAGCAUUUGUUCAUAGGAAAUGAGUGCUGCAGUGAGUCCUGGCUGCAGAGUCAGGCAGCCUGGCUUUAAGUUCUUCCAUCGCUGUUCAUGGAGCCUGAACAAUUACUUAAUUUCUUUGUACCUCAAUUUCCUCAUCUAUAAAUUAGGGAUAAUGAUACUACCUACCUCACAGGAUUUUAAUGAGGAUUAUAUAAAUGAAUAUACAUAAGGUUAUUAGAACUGUCUGGCUCAGAUUGGGAUAUCACUUUUAAGUAUGAGGUUUCAUUGUGUUACCUUGGGAGUAUAAAUACUUUGAUUUAGACAAAUGCAAUGGUCAAAUCAGAUCUGAAGGAAAUAUUUUGCACAUUUCUUAUAAUAUCUAGUAUUCAUCUAGUGCCUGCUGUAUGCCAGAUACUGUUCUUAUUCUGUACAUUUGUGUUAAUCCUCAUAAACUGGGUGUUAUUUCCGUAAUAUAGAUGAGGAAACAGGCUCAAAGAAUUCAAGUGAUAUUUUCACUGUCACAAAGCUAGUAAGAAAGAAGGCUGGGAUCUAUAAUCAAAACCUGUGUGAUUUAUAUUACAUCAGCCAUAUAUAUAUAUAUAUAUAUAUAUACACACACACAAACACAUACAUACACAUAUAUAUACAUACAUAUCAUACAUAUAUAUGUGUAUAUAUUAUACACACACAUAUAUACACAUAUAUAUGUGUAUAAUAUAUAUAUACACACACACACACACACACACACACACACACACACACACACACACACAUAUAUGGCUAACAGUUUGGUUUAAAGAAGCCCUGAAGGUUAACCUUACUAAUCCUAUGUUGAGAACCGUUGCCUGUUUACCUACACGAUUUUGGUGCAAAUAGUCUUUGGAACACACUCAGGAUUUCCGCCCAGGAGAGAGACAUUUUUCAAAGACUCUGAAACAUGUUUUAAAUCAGUGUAGUCCAGUAUCAUACUAUAUUUAAAGUAAAAUGCUACAAAGUUUAAAGGGUCAGUGCAUCAUUGGUUUUGGCAAAAUUCUGUACUUCUCUUUAGUGACUAUUAUCAGGACCCUCAAAUUCUCCAAGUUUAGUCAUUUCACACUGAGCAGAAAGGGUUCAGUACGUACUAGUAUGUACAUAUGAAUUCAUUAAAACAUAUGUAAAUGAAUAUCAUGAAAAUGUCUGCUAGUUGCUAAAAUUUCCAAUAGAAAUAGAAAACUGCUACUUUAUAUAUGCCAAGUAUUUUCUGCUACUUUAUACUGUCAGCUUGAGUUUUGUCACUUUCAAAAAUCACUUGCCUAUCUUAAGAUCUAAUGAAGCAAAAAUUUCUCCCAAGUAUUUGAUAGAGCACAUUAAACAGGAUUUUGUGGUGAUAAUGAUUCGCCAUCUUUUAGAUAAAGAUCUCUGUCUUAUGAAAAAUUGAUUGUAGUGUGGUUUCAAUACAUAAGACUUUUAAUAAAGUCUUGUAUUCUCUAUUAAUAAUAUACUUGUAUUUUCUAGUGGGAAGUUUAUUAGACAAAGCAGGUUUUUGUCCCAGAGUUUGACUGUUCGAACAUGCCUAAAUUUCAGAGAUCAACUUGUUACUAUAAAAGGACUAGAUUAUAAAUCACUGGCCACUUCAUAGUAUGUUUUGAAUAUGGUAAUUGGAUUUGAGCAUUAAGUUUGCUAGCUGGUUAUUUUCAUAGCUAUUUCUUGAGUAUUAAUUUUUUUUACACUCUUAGCCUGUCAAACUGUAUUGCCGGAUUGAGGCCCUGUUAUACUUGAAAGAAAUUCUCACUUGGUUUGUCAAAUCCUACCUACCUAGCUUUGUUCUUGCACUUUCAGUUCAUGAGGUCAUUCAUUCUGUCUUUGAUGGUUCCUUUAUAAAAGCUUAACUCCCUUGAUACUUGUAGUGCUGUCUCCUUGUGGUUCAUUUGGGUGAUCAGAAUGUUUAUCAUUUGUGAUGGUUUCCAAUGAGACUCAGUCCAACAAUAUCUGCUGGGUCUCGGGCUACUUGCCCUAAUUGAACUUGCACAACCUAAAACAAGUCUACAUCUGUAAUUAAGGAAGUAAAGUUGUUUACCCUCCUAUUAAAAGCAAAAGGCAAACACAUUAACCUCAUCUCUCUUGUUUUGUAUUAGGCCUGAUAGAAACAUCAUGGGGACAAGCUGGAUAUGUUUUACACUAAUGUAACCUUUGUUGAUUAAAGAUGACUUACAGUUCUAUAUCAAAGUUGUAUUGAAAUCUUAACACCAGUUGAAAUGAGAACUUUGUACAGAUUCUUUUAGAGAAAAGCAUCAUCAGAGUUGAAUGUCCUUUGUUCCAGCUCCCUUUCCUCUCUUGAGUUUUCAGUAACAUUAGUUAAGUUUGAGUAACUUUGCAGGGCGCUAUAAACUAAUGAUCUACAUGAAGUGUAUUAUUAGAUGGAAACUAAUCUUACUGCUAAGCAGUGUAUUGUAUUAUACAGUGAAUGUUUGUGUUUUGAAAUUUAAAAAUUAUUUAAAGUAAUAGUGUCAAUGAAGGGUUUAAAAAUGUCUGGUGACUUGCUUAUUUUAAGUGAUCACCAUUAAGUAAGAAAAUGUAUUUUUAAACAUUUUUUAAAGUGCCUUUUGAGAAUUUUUAAAUAAUGGAUUCAAACAACUGCAUAAAAUAAAUUACCAUGUUCAAAAUUGC